AUGGAAGUCAAUGGUGAACGAGAUAUAGCUGGUAUUUUAAGCGCGGCUUUAAUGCCAUUGAAAGAUAUGAAACAUGCAGAUAUUUUGGACCAGUAUGAAAUGAACAUGGCUGAUGGAAAUAUAACACCUGACGUUCUAGAACAUUUAUCUCAAAGAACUACACAGAACCAUAGAGAUGGUAUAUUUGGUGAAGAGUUUAGAAAGAAAGUUAGGGAGGGAGAAGGAAGAGAACCUAUUGUACAUGACCUUGCAAACGAAAGUUUACAAAAUGUCAUAAAAACUUACUUUGCAGACAAUGAACCGAGAAGGGAUGAAUAUUUAAGAAAACUCAAAUGGACAGUACCAAAUGAAAUGUUAGUAUUGAAAAACAUGUUCCUUGACAAAAUAAAACCAACUACAGAAAUAAAUGACGCAAGACUGAAAGAUUGGGUAAAAGCUUUCCCAUUCACAAAAGAUAUAGUUGGUAACAUGGAAAGAAAACCAGAAUGGCUACAAAAACAUAUAUUUGGAAACGAGCAUAUUCCAUAUGGACAGGCACUGUUUGGAAGAGCUUGA